UAAACAAAUAAAAACAAAAAAAAAUCUAACCAAACAAUCCCUUAUAGAAAUAUUAGAAAAUAGUGACAGAAAUGAAAAGAUCAAGGAAAGUGGGGUUGUUGCUUGGAGUUGGAGUUCAACCUCUUUUAAUAGGUUUGACAUUUAUUACAACACAGCUAUGCAUACAACAUCACAGAUCCCAUUCUAUCACGAGCGUCUCCAACGGUCGACUCUUUUAUUAUUUAUUUCCUUUUGUUUUGGGAGGGGGGUUGUUCUCUUUUCGUGGGGUCAUGUGUCCUAAGGCCUCCAAUUUCACAACUAAGCACCAGUUUAUCACAACCCCACCACGCCCACCCGCCACUUAUUGCAAUCAUCAAAUUACAGAAAGAAAGAGAAAAAAGAAACAAUAAAAAUUUAUAAAGUUUAGUUUUUGUUUUUGUUUUUUCCUUUUUUUCAGAGAUUUUUAAAGUUAGAUUCACACAAAUUCUUAAACCCCCCCUAAAAAAAAGAAAAAGAAAGAAAAGAGUGUUCCAACGCCCAAGCAAAAAAUCUGGUCCCACCACUGGGCUCCGAUCUUGGGUUCUUGAGCCUUUGGUUAAUGUUAUUGUAAUAGAUCAGACUUAUUUUGGAAAGGAUUAGGGAUUUGGAGUUUAGGAUUAGAGUUGGGGUGAGGUGGGGUGGAGAUGGGUUCGAAGCCGUGGCUACACCCGGCUCCUACUUUUCGGACUUUGGAGACUUAUUGGGAUUCGGAUGACGAUGCGCCUGGUCCCCGAUGUGGUCACACUCUUACCGCCGUUGCGGCCACUAAGACGCACGGUCCAAGACUUAUUCUCUUCGGUGGUGCCACCGCCAUCGAGGGCGGCGCUUCCUCUUCUGCUCCCGGAAUCAGAUUGGCGGGUGUUAACAAUUCUGUUCAUUCGUACGAUGUUCUUACUAGAAAGUGGACGAGAAUAAGACCAGCUGGCGAACCACCUUCUCCUAGGGCUGCUCAUGCGGCAGCUGCUGUUGGCACCAUGGUCGUGUUUCAGGGUGGGAUUGGUCCAGCUGGGCAUUCUACUGAUGAUCUUUACGUGCUUGAUCUGACCAAUGAUAAGUUUAAGUGGCAUAGAGUGGUUGUGCAAGGACAGGGUCCUGGACCUCGCUAUGGCCAUGUUAUGGAUUUGGUUGCCCAGAGAUAUCUUGUCACUGUAAGCGGAAAUGAUGGAAAAAGAGUUCUUUCCGAUGCCUGGGCUUUGGAUACUGGCCAGAAACCAUAUGUAUGGCAGAGAUUAAAUCCUGAAGGCGAUAGGCCUUCUGCUAGAAUGUAUGCAACUGGUAGUGCCCGCUCAGAUGGCAUGUUUUUGCUUUGUGGUGGAAGAGACUCUUCUGGGGUGCCUCUGGCAGAUGCAUAUGGGCUGUUGAUGCAUAGAAAUGGUCAGUGGGAGUGGACUCUUGCACCAGGAGUGUCCCCUUCACCAAGGUAUGAGCAUGCUGCGGUUUUUGUUGGCGCACGAUUGCAUGUUACUGGGGGUGCGCUUAGAGGAGGACGUGCCAUAGAAGGUGAAGCAGCUGUUGCAGUACUGGAUACUGCUGCUGGAGUAUGGUUGGACAGGAAUGGGCAUGUCACUUCCUCACGGAACACUAAGGGACAUGCUGAUUAUGAUCCUUCUUUGGAACUUAUGCAUCGUUGUCGCCAUGCAUCUGCAUCUGUUGGUGUUCGAAUAUAUAUUUAUGGUGGUCUUAGAGGAGAUAUGCUUUUAGAUGAUUUCCUAGUUGCAGAAAAUUCACCAUUCCAGUCUGAUAUUAAUUCUCCUAUAUUAGCCCCUGAGAGAUCCUCAAAUUUGUCCAGCCCCAGAUUUAGUCAACCUAAUUUAAGUUCAUUUGGAACAACUUCAGGUUACGAUCCAGACUUCCCUUCAUCCGGGGGCCAUGAGGUCUGACUUAAUAACUCUCUCUCACGCAUACUUGUGCGCACACACGUACACAUCAUGGGAUUAUUUAUUGAUGAUGAAUCUUUAUCUUAUAGCAUGGACAAAAAUUCAUUGGAGAAACUUAGGGAGGCAUCUGCUGCUGAAGCUGAGGCAGCAAAUGCUGUCUGGCAAGCUGCACAGGCUACAUCUGCUAUUCCUGCAGAGGAAACAUCUGUAUCUGAUGACAACUCACCUGCUGGUGAAACAGCUUCAGAUGCUAGCGAUAAUGAAGCUGAUGUUCGCCUUCAUCCUAGAGCUGUUGUGGUUGCUAAAGAGGCUGUAGGGAACCUGGGUGGGAUGGUUAGGCAGCUAUCCUUGGAUCAGUUUGAAAAUGAGAGCAGACGGAUGAUUCCCUCUAAUAAUGACUUGUCCUAUCCCACCAAAAAGUUUGCUAGACAGAAGUCUCCUCAAGGCUUGCAUAAAAAGGUUAUUUCUACACUGCUUAGGCCCCGAAACUGGAAAGCUCCAGCUAAUAGGAGGUUUUUCUUGGAUUCUUAUGAAGUGGGUGAGCUGUGCUAUGCGGCUGAACAGAUUUUUAUGCAAGAACCCACAGUCCUUCAGUUGAAAGCUCCUGUAAAAGUCUUUGGUGAUCUUCACGGACAGUUUGGUGAUUUAAUGAGGCUAUUUGAUGAAUAUGGGUUUCCUUCAACUGCAGGAGACAUUACGUACAUUGAUUAUCUAUUUCUAGGAGACUAUGUUGAUCGAGGACAGCACAGCUUGGAGACAAUAACAUUGCUUCUUGCUCUUAAGAUUGAAUAUCCUGAAAAUGUUCACUUGAUUCGUGGAAACCAUGAGGCUGCUGACAUAAAUGCUCUCUUUGGUUUCCGUAUUGAAUGCAUCGAGAGAAUGGGGGAGAAUGAUGGUAUAUGGGCAUGGACACGGUUCAAUCAACUAUUCAACUAUCUUCCACUUGCUGCUCUUAUUGAAAAGAAAAUUAUCUGCAUGCAUGGUGGCAUAGGAAGAUCUAUACAUGCGGUUGAACAGAUAGAGAAACUUGAGCGGCCAAUAACAAUGGAUGCAGGAUCCAUUGUUUUAAUGGACCUGUUAUGGUCUGAUCCAACAGAAAAUGAUAGCAUAGAAGGUUUGAGACCUAAUGCCAGAGGUCCCGGUCUUGUCACUUUUGGGCCUGAUCGUGUAACAGACUUCUGUAAGAAAAACAAGCUACAGCUAAUUAUAAGGGCUCAUGAAUGUGUAAUGGAUGGGUUUGAACGGUUUGCUCAGGGUCAAUUGAUUACUCUCUUUUCUGCAACAAACUAUUGUGGUACUGCAAACAAUGCUGGAGCUAUAUUGGUAGUCGGAAGAGGAUUGGUUAUAGUCCCAAAGUUGAUACAUCCCUUGCCACCUCCCAUUCAGUCCCCGGAGACAUCACCAGAGCGUGUUGCAGAUGAUGCAUGGAUGCAGGAGCUGAAUAUCCAAAGACCACCAACGCCAACUCGUGGUCGCCCUCAACCUGACCUUGAUAGGAGCUCACUUGCAUAUAUAUGAAAAUGAUGCCAGGAAGUUGAGAACUUUUAUAUAAUUUACAAAGCUAUGAUGCGGGAGUCCCAUAUUUAUAAGCGAGGGUUGGUUGAUUCUUACGUUCCUUGAAUUU